AUGAGAGAUAUGCUCAAGAGUGGUAGUCUUUCCCGUAAUUCUACUGGUAGUAGUAACACCACCUCAUCUAAGUCUGCUGCAUCCGCCGCCGCCGCGUUUAGACUCUCUUCACCUCAACAGUCGUUCAGACGGUUAGGAUUCUGUUCCCAGAUUUCUACUUCUGGGGAACACUCUUCGCCGAUUGUUUUCCCUGAAAAACGUGGUAAAAUUAAGGCUUCGAAGAAGGGUACUGAUGUUGUUAGGCCGGGUGAUGGUGAUCAGGAGGGUGCGGCCAAGAGUUUUGAGCAUAGGAUUGAUAUAGGAGGUGGUGGUGGUGGUGGAGGAGAUGAGAAGUCUGAUUUGUUAGGGUAUGUGGUGUUUUCUGGUAAAUUGGUUUUGGAUAAGAGGAAGAUUUCUGUAAAUAAUGCUCAACAAACUUCUUUUGAUACUACCAAUCAAGCCUCUGUGGAUGCCAAACUAACAAGCAAAGCUUUACUUUGGGGAUCUCAUGUGCUGCGCCUUGAUGAUGUCAUCUCGGUUUCUUAUCAUGCUGGUCUCAAACAUUUCACAGUGCACUCGUAUCCGAUGAAAAAGGCUUCAUGUGGUCUUUCUUGUUUUAUUAAAUCUCAAAGGAGUCGCAAGGACUUUCGUUUUGUGGCUUCUACAAUAGAAGAGGCAAUUCAAUGGGUUGGCGGUUUUGCUGAUCAACACUGUUUCGUUAACUGUCUUCCUCACCCUUUAGUGUCUUCCAAGAAGCAAGCGUCCUCUGAAUUGUUUCAAACCGAUACCCCUCCGGAAUUGCUCUUCAGAUGCAAAACUCCACCCAAGAUGCUUGUAAUUUUAAAUCCACGCUCAGGCAGAGGUCGUUCAAGUAAAGUUUUCCAUGAUACCGUGGAGCCAAUUUUUAGGCUUGCUGGGUUUAGAUUGGAGGUAGUCAAAACAACAUCUGCCGGUCAUGCCAGAAAACUUGCAUCGACUGUAGACAUCAGCACCUGCCCUGAUGGAAUUAUAUGUGUUGGUGGUGAUGGAAUAAUCAAUGAGGUUGUUAAUGGUCUCCUUAGUAGAGACAAUCAAAAGGAAGGAAUAUCUAUACCUAUUGGAAUUAUACCAGCUGGUUCUGAUAACUCACUGGUAUGGACUGUUCUUGGAGUUAGGGAUCCAAUUUCUGCAGCAAUGGCUAUUGUGAAGGGGGGCCUUACCGCUACAGAUGUCUUUGCUGUUGAAUGGAUUCAGAAUAAUAAAAUUCACUUUGGAUUAACAGUCUCAUAUUAUGGUUUUGUCAGUGAUGUGUUGGAACUUUCUGAAAAAUAUCAGAAGCGCUUUGGCCCACUGCGGUAUUUUGUUGCUGGAUUUCUCAAGUUCUUAUGCUUACCGCGAUACAGCUAUGAAGUUGAAUAUCUUCCAGCAUCAAAAACUGAGAGAGAAGGAAAGCUUUCUGGUGAAAGGGAAGUAGUAGACAUAUCGGAGCUGUAUACUGACAUCAUGGGAAGAUCAAAUAAGGAUGGAUUGCCCAGGGCAUCUAGUCUUUCAAGUAUUGACUCGAUAAUGACUCCGAGUCGGAUAUCUGGUGGAGACCUGGAUACCUGCAGUAGCACUCAUGCUAGCACUGAACCUUCUGAAUUGGUGCGUGGCUUAGAUCCAAAGUCAAAACGCCUAUCAUCUGGAAGGAGCAAUAUCACAUCAGAGCCAGAAGUAAUCCAUCCACAGCUGCCUCUGUCAACAACUCCAAACUGGCCACGAACCAGAUCUAAGUCAAGGAAUGAUAGAGGAUGGACUGGAUUGACCACCACACAUGAUACCUCGAAAUGGGGAAAUGCAACAAAUGAUAGAGAGGAUAUAUCAUCUACACUGUCUGACCCAGGUCCUAUCUGGGAUGCUGAACCAAAAUGGGAUGCAGAGGCUAAUUGGGACGCGGAAAACCCCAUUGAGUUGCCAGGGCCACCAGAUGAUACCGAAGUAGGAUCCACGAAGGAGGCUGUGCCUCAUUUUGGAGAGAAAUGGGUUGUUUCAAAGGGACAGUUUGUUGGCAUUCUGGUUUGCAACCAUGCUUGUAGAACUGUUCAGAGCUCCCAGGUGGUUGCUCCCAAGGCUGAGCACGACGAUAACACUCUAGAUCUGAUCAUGGUUCAUGGGAGUGGAAGACUGAGGCUGGCUCGAUUUUUUUUACUUCUACAGAUGGGCCGACACCUUUCACUGCCAUAUGUUGAAUAUGUGAAGGUAAAGUCUGUCAGAAUAAAGUCUGGAAAACACACUCACAGUGGAUGUGGGAUUGACGGUGAGCUUUUUGCACUUAAUGGACAGAUAAUUUCUUCUUUACUUCCAGAACAAUGCAGGCUUAUUGGUCGUUUCGGUAUAUGA